CGUAUUAAUAUUUAGUAUUUAAUAAUGAAAAUCAAAAUACAGAAUAAUUAUUCCUGACUGCAAAUCAUAUAGUUUUUAUAAAUUAAUUAUUUGUAAAAUUGAAAAGUAUUGCUACUUUUCUUGAACCCUCAUAACCUUCGUAAAAAUGACAAAAAUGAAAACAAAUUAUUUUAAAAUAACAUUGUCAUAAUAGUGAAUAUUAUUUUCUAGUAUUUAGGAGUAGUGUUCAUUGAUUUACUAAAAGAACCUGUGGUAUGCAAUGGAAGUACCAAAUAAUGCUAAAAAUGAUCAUUCUUUGUUGUUAAAUAAGGAUUGUUUGCACAUCUCGUGUAACUGGCAAAUCAAUAACAAUAAACAAUUUUGUGAUGUCUUCAGCUUGGCCCCCUCCUGUGAGGAAUCAAUAAAGGUUAACUGUGAUGAUAUAGUUUCUGUGAAUACAUGUAUAUCAUUACAACCGAUUGAAUCUAAUAAUGAACCAUGUAUGUUAGAUAUAAAAGUAAAUAAUAAUCAAAGAAUAUCUUCCAUUGCUGUAGUCUCAGAGGCCUAUGUGUUAGAAUUUUUUAAACAAUUUGGGGAAUAUGACAGAACAAUAUUUGCAGAACUUAUAGAUGACUUUGAGGAUAAUUUUAUUUAUUUUGCACAAUCAACAAUUAUUCCUUACUCUACUGAAGCUGGUAUUAAGUUUACAAAAACCAAAAGUAAAAAUUCAGUUCUGUGGAUAUAUGGAAUAAGACUAUAUUUAACAGAGCCUGUUAAUGAACCUGUCAGUUUUCCCAGUGAUAUGUUUAAUCCUGAAAUAAUUAAAAAUUUUCUUACUAAGCUUACUUUGAAUAACGAAGGGAACAAUGCCACCAAUGAUGUUCAACCAUGUAACAAAAGUAUAUCCAAUUCGUCAACAAACAAUAACAUUAAACAAAAUAAUGAUCAAGAAACAAUACAAUCUACUACUGAGAAUACCACAAGUAUUACAGAUAUUGCAACUUAUAUUGACAACAAACUUUGUGAUAUGGAAACCAGAAUAAUGAAAAGAAUAGAACAAAUGGAGCAAAGAACGAAUGAAAAACUUGAUACAAUUUUAAAACGAUUAGAACCUCAUUCUCUGUCAAAUGACCUCCAUUCUUCAUAAUUCAAGAUGCUAAUGAAUCUGUAAAUAACUAACCACUUACUUAAUGUAUGUAAUUAAAUAUGUAAAGUACAAAAAAAGGCAAAAAGUUAUGAAAAUAAUACUGAUUCAUACUUUUCAUUUCUGAUUAUGCAGUACUCAAGUUGUACAUAUUUAUAUCUAAUAGUACACAAUAAUACACAUAUACUCAUGGUUGAAUGCAUUUGUAUAUUGCUUAAAUUUGCUUCAGUUUUAUUCAAUUAUAUUGCUAUUUAAUUUUUGUUUUUUUUUUUAAUACAUAUGUAUAACAAUGUACCAAAAUUUGUUAUGAUAGUUCAUCUAAUUAUAUUAUGCUAAUGAAAUUUUAUACAAAUAUAAAAAAACAUAAAACCACAAUGUGCAUUGUAAGAUAACAUUCAUGUAAUACAGUUUAAAUAUAACUUCAAUUUAAGUGGAAUUAUUACUAUCUUGUGGAGGAUCC